CAAUGGCAGAAAGGCCAUACCAAAUUGAUAUGUCGUUCGUCGGAACUACCGCAUCAAUAAUUUCAUUCCCGAGAAAAAAAAAUAAAAAUUACCCGCCCGCACGUACAUAAAAAUCUCCGAAAAAAAAAUUUUUUUUUCGAUUACGCGGUCCGGAAUUAUAACGGCAAAACAGGUUUUAUCGCUGUUUUAAUGCGUCAAAGUAAUAUUGAUCGGAUUUCAUGCGUCCGUAAUGCAUGUAGCUGAUGAUCCAAACUCAAAAAGUCAGGAGUUAUGGUGUUGUUUAUUAUUUGUUUUAAAUCUGGAGUGUCUGUGUUAGUGCUACACAUGGCCUUCGAUGUGCCUGUAGGUAAUGAAAUAGGCACAUUCUACUUUUGUUCAAUACAGUGAAAAGAACGAAGCCCGACUUGUAAGACGUGCACGGGGAUGCAGUUAAAAUAUCUGGAAAUAUUGUUCAGAUAUAAAGUUUUAAACCAUUUGUUAUCAGUUAUUUAAUUCAGCAUGUUAGAUCUAGAGCCCAAAGCUGAGGCCAACUACUAUCUUAAAAAAAUAUUUGUUCACAGAUCCUGACCAACCUAUCACAUUGGUUCGGCCCAAAUCUUUUUGAACAUAACUUCUUUAGUACAGCAGUCAGAUAUUCUAUCAAAACGCAUUUAGUCAAUUUAAAAAUUGUUUAGCUUUUCAAAGUAGUGUUGAUAUGAAAAUAAUUUCAAACAAAAUCUGUCCUUUUGUAACCCCAGUUUUGCCUGUUUGUACACAUGACGCCAGGAUAUAUUUAAAGUUGGCUGUAAAUUGAUUGAACGAAAGAAACUGAAAAAAAAAACAGACUUCCCCAACUCUAAAUUUCAAGUUCAGUCAAAGCACAACAAACAACACUUUUAAGGGUGGCCAUAUUGGGAUCAUUCUUUGUCCGUCUGUUAUUAUUUUUGCCAGAAAUGACUCUCUACCACAAAAGCUUAAGCUAGCCUGAUCAUGAUCUGUUAAGAAAUUAUUCCAAAAGGAAUUCGAGCAAUGUUGAAGCAUCUGUAUGCCCAACUCCGUUUGGUCUCACUUGUCAAGUGGUUUAUUACUUCCCCUGUCACCUCUAUGGGUUGGGGUUCCACUAGGGGCACAAAUUUAUUCAUGUGUGAAAGCCAUCUAACUGUGUUUCAGAAGAAAUGUUAUUCCACACAAUCAUGUGCCUGUUUUGUCUUAAAUAUUCCUCAUCCUUUGCCAUUAAAUAGGCACGUCUUCAGAUUAAUGUAGAAAAAUCAAAAUUAAAAAUAAGUCACUCAUUUCUUAAUAAUUAAAAUUACAAAAUAAAAAAAAAAUAAAGUGAUUCAGUGAGUUUUGGCAAGAAUUUAUUUGCAAAAUCAUUCAUAUAGUCUUUAAAACAGAUGGAAAAGCUAUAUACUGUGUUACCCACACUGUAAAUGUUUGAUUUCUGUGUUAUUUCUAAAGAAAUGUUAACUUCAUAUAUAAUCAUAACCGCCUCCUCAAGGGUUCAAGUGGGAAAAAAAAAUAAAAAAAGCCCGCUCGCUCCAUGUAAAAUCUACCCGCCUCUGAAAAAAUCAAAAUUGAGAAAAAAAAAAUAAAAUAAAAAUUUCGCUCGCCCGCUCCUAUUUUUUUUGAAAAUUUUCCGAAGAACUAUUAAUCAAUUUGGUAUGGCCAAAGCAAUUAUUUAACACUUAUUUCUUCGGAUAAUAAAGAGAACUGUGACAUCAAAAUAAAAAGAAAGGGUGAAGGAAACAAACAUUGUUGCUGGGGUGAAUGCAGGAGCGAUUCACGGUACCGUGAAAAAAGGCAGGAAGAAAUGAAAGGUGUAUUUUUUAUACAUUCCCUAAACCCACAACCAAACUGGAAAAGUGUGAGAAAUGGAUCAAGUUGUGUGCCACCAACAAGUUACGAAGUACAGCUGAUGUAAAAAGAAGUACCUACAUAUGUAGCCUACAUUUUGUUGGUGGGAAAGGCCCAACUGAUGAGCAUCCAGACCCAAUUUCAGCGAGAGAUUCUGCCGAACAGGUUUCAAGGAAAGCAUUCAAAAGACCCGCUCCUUCUGAAAGACUUUCCGUAAAGAGACGGAGGUUGGAACAACAGGCCAGUGAUGACAGAAUGUCAGCUGCUUCCAGCCUUGUAGAACUUGGACAACAAUGCCUACCUGUUCAAAAUGAGGCAGUAAACCCGGAUGUUCAAGACCAGUGCCAGACAGCAUACAUGUUUACAGCCACACCAGCCACUGUACACUGUAACUGUGAUAUCCAAGGACCAACAAUUAAUACAACAGAAUCAGCUACACAGACUUUGUAUGACAAUUAUUUACUUGGUUCAAAAAUUGAAAAUAUAAUACUAAAGAAUGAACUGGGGAAACCAAAAGAUGCACAUACACCAAAGAAGCCAACCUAUGGAACACUAAGUUUAGAAGAAAUAAAAGGAAAUGACAAAAAAAUGAAGUAUUUCACAGGUCUAACAUAUGUUCAGUUUAUGGCUCUGUUCAGCUUCCUUGGAGACAGUGUGAACGAUUUGAAAUACUGGUCAAGCAAAACACCCACUAAAAGUACUAUCAAAGAAAAACGUAAGAUACCACCAGUAGAACAAUUAUUCAUCACUUUGGUGAGAUUAAGACGAGGAUUCGGGUUGGAAACGAUGAGCCAUCUUCUCCGUGUAUCUGAAAGUUAUAUUAGUACAAUUUUCUGUACAUGGAUACAGUUCAUGUACAACCAUUUCAAUGAACUGAGACAUCAAAUGUUUCCAGACCGCCAUCAUUUUACCCAUUUUAUGCCAAAAGUUUUUAAAACAUUUAAAAACAUCAGGUGUUCAAUUGACUGUACAGAGUUUUUUGUACAGAUGCCAAGGGACUUCGGCCGCCAGGGAAACAUGUAUUCUAGUUAUAAACACCAUCAUACCUAUAAAUGUUUAAUUGCCACAGCUCCAAAUGGUGCAACUGUUUAUGUUUCCGAUCUUUUUGAAGGUUCUAUUAGUGACCGGAACAUUGUUGAAAAGAGUGGAUUUCUCAGUUACCUCAAUCCUGGGGAUCUAAUUCUUGCAGACAGGGGUUUUACCAUUGAGGAUAUGUUAAUGUCAAGACAGGUGUCUCUGAAUAUCCCACCUUUUUUAGGAAAAAGAACACAUCUCACACCGAGGGAAAAUGUAAAAACAAGACGCAUUGCUAAGGCUAGGAUACAUGUAGAGAGAGUAAUUGAACGUGUUAAGAAGUUUCAGUUAAUAAGCGGUAUUAUUCCACUAAGUUUAUCACCAAUGCUUAAUCAGCUUGUUUUUGUUUGCUCUUGUCUUGUCAAUUUCCAAAAGCCAAUUGUGACUUAAUUUUUUUCAUAGUCUAGGAGCUAGUCUAUUGUAGGUCUACACUGCUUAUGAAUAGUAAGCUUAGGGUAUUUUAGGUUGAUCUUGGAAUGAGACUCUUCAUGUCAAAAAGGAACAACAAAUUUGCUCUUUUUCCAGUUGUCGUAGAUUUGCAAUUUUUGUAAUAUUUUAAAAUGUAAUAUAUACAUUUACCUGUAUAUAAGGUUAAGUUGUGAAGACAAUAUUUAUAUAAAUUACUCAGUAAACCUUUGAACAUCAUAAAAUAAUCACUUUGUUUCUUAGCUUUCAAAGUCACAUUCAUAAAAGCUUGUCCCUUUUGUGAUUAUACUGUAAGAUUUGUUAUCUUUGAAAAUGUAAGAAAUGAAACAAAGUAAAAACAAUAUCAUUCUGAUUUUAUUAAGUACUGUUGACUUGCACAGAUCAUUUAAAUAUCUGUUGAAAUAUUUACAUUGUUAUAUAUACAAGUGCAUGCAUCAUCAAUAUGAAUAUGUAUUGCAUACCUUUUAUGUACAUGUACAUAAUAAAUUUUUGAAGAAA